CCAAAAGGGAAGAAAGUGCUGUGCACGUGCCACACGCGUGUUUCUUAGGUAAUCCCGCGGGAUCACGUCGCCGAACAGGCUCCAAGCGCGUCGCCCUGCCGAGAAUGCAUUUUGGUGCCUGUUGAGAAGAAAGGGAAAGAAAAGACCUCAAGGCUGCUUCGAAGAGCUCCGCUGAUACUGCAUUAUACCUGAGAUUUCUUCGUUGCAUCGCAGAGCAUGUUCUGACUGGUCAAAUCAUCAUGCCCGCUGACAUCAGGAGCUUCUUCGGAGGCAAGUCGAGCCAGGGCUCGAAUAGCUCUCCCGCGAAGACGCCCGCAAAAAAAGAGGAUUCGUCGACGGCCAGAAAGAAGCGCAGCAGAAAGGUUGUGGACGACAGUGACGAUGAAGAAGUUUUAGAGGUCAAGGCCCCCGCACCGAAGGCAAAACCCGCGGCUAAACCGAAGCCUGAACCGUCCAAAGGAGAGCCCACUUCAACCUCGGAUUAUUUCGCUUCUAGUAAAAAGAAGGGAAGACCUGCCAAAUCUACCACUGCGGCUCCCGCCGUUAAGUCCGACGAAACCUCUGCCACUAGUCGCAAAGGCGAAGCUUCCCCGGCAGCAAAGAAGAGUCAAGAUGAGGAAAUUGUGGCGGAGCGACCUAAAAGGGAAAGUCGCCAGUCUACGAAGAAGGCCACGGCAAUUGUUGAAGGUGACGCAUACGGGGGUGACGAUAUUUUCGCUUCGGAGUACGGAAAGCCAGGCAAAGCGGACGACGAUUACGUGGAAGAAGCUGCCCCCAGCGACAACGAUAGUGACUUUGAAGAACUCGCGGUACAACCAGCAAAGGCAGCAUCUGCAACAUCAGGACGCAAAAAGAAGGAAGCUUCACCUGAGUCGGAUGACGAUGUGAUCAUGCAAGAUAUCCCGAAGCCCUCUUCGAAAGCUACGAAAUCGGCAGCUUCGCGACCCGCUAGGAAACGAAAGUCAGAGGCGCUCCAGGAUGAGGAUGAAGAUUAUGAGGUUCCAAAAGAGACUAAGAAGACCACUGCUCGAUCCAAACCGGCACCAGCACCGAAGAAACCACGAGCAUCUCCCAGUAAACAGGAUCGGCCCGAAAAUAAGGAGAUCCAAGACAUCUUUGAUAAUAUUCCAAUGGUUAAGCCACCUUCACCACCGCCGCCGGCCGAUGGCAAAAAGAAAUUCAAUUAUGCUGCUCAAGCACAGCGGUCACGAACACCUCCUGGGGGAGGAAGCAAUGAAUUACCUGUCGGGGCUGAAAACUGCCUUGCCGGGUUGACUUUCGUUUUUACCGGUGUUCUUGACACUUUGGGCCGUGAUGAGGGAUCAAACCUGGUUAAGAAAUACGGUGGAAAGGUCACUGGAGCACCGAGCUCAAAAACAAGCUACGUUGUUUUGGGAGAUGAUGCUGGUCCUAAGAAGCUCCAAACAAUCCAGCAGCACAAUCUGAAAACCAUCAAUGAAGAGGGUCUUUUCGAGCUGAUUCGGCGGCUUCCAGCAAAUGGCGGCGAUGGGAAGGCCGCUGAGAAAUAUGAAGCGAAGAGAAAGGCUGACGAGGAGAAAAUCCGCGAAAUGGCUGCUCAGAUGGAUAGAGAAGAGCAACAGCGAAAGAAGGAGGAACAACGACAGAAAAAGGCCGCGGCCACCGCGGCGGCUAACACUCCCACCAGCUCUCAAACGCCUUCAAGCUCUCAGAACGCCAAGGUCGAUGACCGGCUCUGGACUACCAAAUACGCACCAACGUCAAUGAAUAUGAUUUGUGGAAACAAAGGUGCUGUAGAAAAGAUCCAGGCCUGGCUUCGCAACUGGCGCAAGAAUGCCAAGGAUAACUUCAAAAAGCCUGGAAGAGAUGGUUUCGGAACGUAUCGUUCAGUUAUGAUUCACGGACCACCUGGUGUUGGAAAGACCACAGCGGCGCAUUUGGUAGCAAAGCUCGAGGGUUAUGAUGUUCUCGAGACGAAUGCAAGUGACACCAGAAGUAAGAAGAUGGUGGAAGCAGGUCUCUCUGACGUCUUGGACACGACGUCCCUGCAAGGUUAUUUCUCCGGCGCCGGCAAGAAGGUCGAGAGUGAGAAAAAGAACAUGGUGCUGAUAAUGGACGAAGUCGACGGAAUGUCGGCUGGAGAUCGAGGUGGUGUUGGAGCGUUAGCCUCCAUUGCAAAGAAGACACAAAUCCCACUCAUUCUGAUCUGCAAUGAGCGAAGGCUUCCGAAAAUGAAGCCAUUCGAUGGUGUCACUUAUGAGUUACCAUUCAGACGCCCGACUGCUGACCAGAUCCGAGCCCGGCUAUCAACCAUUUGCUUCAGGGAGGGCUUGAAGAUCCCACCCCCAGUUCUUGACGGUCUAAUUGAAGGAACGCACGCCGAUAUCCGACAGGUUAUCAACAUGCUGUCGACCGUGAAGCUGGACCAAAAGAAUCUGGAUUAUGACAAAGGACGAGAAAUGUCGAAAGCAUGGGAGAAGCAUGUUAUCCUUAAACCAUGGGAUAUCGUCAGCAAGAUCCUUAACGCCCAAAUGUUUUCACCUAGCUCAAAGGCUACGCUGAACGACAAGAUCGAGCUGUAUUUCAACGACCACGAAUUUAGUUACUUGAUGCUCCAGGAGAACUACUUGAAGACGCGGCCAACGUUAUCAAACGGCUAUCAAGGCAAAGAGCAAAAGUUGAAAAUGCUUGAACUUGCAGAUAAUGCAGCUUCUAGCAUUAGUGAUGGUGAUCUAGUCGACAAGAUGAUUCAUGGCACACAACAACAAUGGAGUCUGAUGCCAACCCAUGCCGCCUUCAGCUUCGUUCGUCCGGCUAGUUUCGCUUAUGGAAAUAUGAUGGAACGUCCCGGGUUCACUAGCUGGCUGGGGCAAAACAGCAAGCAAGGGAAAAUGUGGCGUUACAUCAAGGAGAUUCAAGGCCAUAUGCGCCUUCGUUCGACUGGAGAUCGCGACGAAAUCAGACAGCAAUAUCUUCCACUGAUAUGGGAGAAGUUGGUCCGCAGGCUACAGAAAGAAGGCAAGGAAUCUGUGGAGGAAGUCAUCGACUUUAUGGACAGUUAUUUCCUUACCCGAGAGGAUUGGGAUGCUCUGCUCGAGCUGGGCCUGGGUCCCAUGGAUGAGUCCACUGUCAAGCUGGAGACACAAACGAAAGCAACAUUCACGCGUCUCUACAACCAGCGCUCGCAUCCUCUACCUUUCAUGAAGGCUAGCAGUGUUGUCGCUCCGAAGAAAAUGCCGAAGGAGAAGCCCGACAUUGAAGAAGCCAUUGACGAAUCAGAUGAGGAAGAAGUCGUUGAUGAAAUCAAAGAAGACGAGGAGGAAGAGCUUGAUCUCAAGAAGGACAAGUAUGUCAAGGUGCCUAAAAAGUCGGCCAAGGGCGGUGCGGCCAAGGGAAAGAAGACCAAAAAGGCGGCUGCGGACGAUGGCGAAGCAGAUGAAGACGAGAAGCCAAAGAAGGCUCGAAGUCGAAAACCCAAAGCCAAGGCUUGAGUGAGGAUGUUGGACCGACGUUGUGGCGAAUAUCUUGAAGUAUGAACGACAACUAGGACAGACACACCGUGUUUGCAGCAUGUAGUGUGCAUUGAUGUAUUACCAGAUUCCGUGUAUUAUGCAUUAGUAUAGGUGUUAUUGCUAUUAUUGAACUAGCCAUUUCUCAUUC